AAUUCAAAAGAGGAGUUCUCAAACUUGAGCUUGCUCACAUUCUCUCUGCACCUGCUGUCAUAGCUCAUUACACAGCCAAGAGAGAGAGAAAGAGAGAUCCAUCGUACAAAACAAGAACAGAGUGACGAAACAGCGGCAGCGAAGGUUUGAUAGAGGCAAAUUUCAUUGACGUAAUCGUAAGGAGAAAUCACAGAAGAGAUUCAGGCAUGCGUAGCUGCGGUUUGGCUUUAUCAGGUACCGAUUCACGGUGCUAUUUACCGGCGAUGCCUCCGAUCUUUUCUCCGAUGAGAGCCUGUCCACCGGAAGGAAAUUCGCAGGUUUUGUUCCCUAAAUUGACACGGCCUCCUUCUGCUUGCGUCAGAGCAAAGGCCACGGUUGUCAACGAGGCGCUAGUCUCCGACGCCGUCGAGAUAAGCUUCUACGAGCUUUUAGGAGUGCCGGAGUCGGGGUCGAUGGUGGAGAUUAAGCAGGCCUACAAGCAGAUGGCUCGGAAAUACCAUCCGGACGUCUCGCCACCGGACCGGAUCGAGGAGUAUACAAGGAAGUUCAUCAAGGUUCAGGAGGCGUACGAGACGUUAUCGGAUCCUGUUAUGAGAGAUUUGUAUGAUAGAGACAUGGCGAGAGGUCUUCACCUUGCUUUCUCUGCUCGAAGACGGGGCUACAACCAUGAGGAAAUGGAAGAGAAAGGUGGGUGGAAGAACCGUUGGCAGGAUCAGCUAUCAGAAUUGAAGAGAAGAAGCAUGAAUAAAAAUUCAAGAGCAAACAUGUCAUGGGGAGCUCGAAUGCGCAGGCAACGGGACGAGCUUCACGACGACGACGAUAACCCGUUUUAAAAAAGUUGCUAGGAGC